AUGACAACCCAAGACCAUUCCCAACUCUCCUCCAUAGUCCACAUAUAUAUAAACAUCAACAACCGGGAAGAACAUAGGCAUAGGCAUAGCGAAGCUGAUACCGGCAAAUAAAUAAAACCAUGGGAGAGAAGGUUGUUAGUUUGAGAGAGGCAGAGAGAGGGUUGAAGCCACACUUUGUGCUGGUGCAUGGUAUAGGUGGAGGAGGUUGGUGCUGGUACAAAAUCCGGUGCCUUAUGGAGAAUUCAGGCUAUAGGGUGUCAUGUGUUGACCUCAGAAGCGCUGGAAUAGAUCAAACACAUGCCGAUUCCCUGCUUUCUUUUGAUGAUUACAAUAAGCCACUCAUGGACUUCAUGUCUGCUUUGCCCGACAAUGAACAGAUAAUCUUGGUGGGGCAUAGUGCUGGUGGGCUGAGUGUAACUGAGGCUACUCAUAAGUUUGCAAAGAAAAUCCGACUGGUGGUGUAUGUGGCAGCAACCAUGCUAAAAUUGGGCUACAUGACUGAUGAAGAUGUCAAGGAUGGAGUACCUGAUUUAUCUGAAUAUGGCGACGUAUAUGAGUUAGGAUUCGGAUUGGGUCCUGAUCAACCUCCCACAAGUGCCCUUGUGAAGAAAGAAUAUCAGCGCAAAAUUAUCUAUCAUUUGAGCCCUCCCGAGGAUUCCACACUAGCUGCCAUGCUUUUGAGGCCAGGACCAAUCAAAGCAAUAAAGAAUGCUCGUUUUGUGGCGGUGGCAGAUGAGGAUCAUAACGUAGAUAAGGUUCCACGCAUCUACAUUAAGACAAUGUAUGACAGAGUGGUGAAACCAGAGCAACAAGCUGCGAUGAUAAAGAGGUGGCCACCAUCUGACGUGUAUGUCUUGGAUAGUGACCACAGUCCCUUCUUCUCCACUCCAUUUCUGCUCUUCGGCUUGCUUGUAAAGGCUGUGGCUUCUCUUGGUUUUGGAUUGAACCACCUAUGACUAUGACUAUGACUAUCCAUUUCUAUUCUCUAAUAACAACGCACCAUUCUAUUUUUUUUU